AUGGACACGGCACCUGCGCCCUUCGGCAGUGCCCCUUCGCCACUGUCCCCUCCCCCCACCUGCGGCGCUGCCGGCUCGCUCCCCAGCACUGCCCCGCCCAGCCCCGCCCAGCCCCGCCCAGCCCCGCCUGCUCGGCGCUCCCCAGGCCGCGCGCGCCCGUGGCCCCCGCCCCGAGCCUGUCCUAGCCCCGCGGAGCGCCGAGCCGCGGGGGCCGCGGGGCCGCGGGGGCGCGCAAGAGAGCAGGCGGCCGCGCCUGCGCACUGGCCGCUUCCCCUAGCGGCGAUCCGGGCCGCUGCCGCUCGCGCUUGGGCAGGACGCGGGGCGGGCGGGGGGAGGGGGGAGCGGCUUUGCUUCCAGCCGCGAGUGAGGCGGAGACCCGGGCUGGCGGGCGGAGCGGGAGGCACCGCACCUCGGCCAGAGGCGGCUGCUGCAGCUGCUGCCCUCUUCCCCGCCGCCGCUUCUCCAGUCCUGUCAGUGGUUUCCCCGCCAGCUGCUGGGAACGGACGAGAGAGAGGAGGAGGGCGAGAAACUCCCACCGACCCACAGAGCAUGUUCUCUUUCCGCACAGGCACCCUCACCCCCGAGGAGAGCAGUGAUGGAGCAGGAGAGGCCCGUGUAGACUCGCAGCUCGCGUCAGUUUGUGAGCAGCAGUGUGUUGGCUCUAGACCGAGGUCUGAGCUGCCCCCAGCGCCGCCUGCUGUACCUGAGUCGGCCUUGUCUCACAGCCGGCCGCUCCCCACAGCGCUGCCCACCGCGCUCAGUUACGGAACCCCAAAGCAGAGCAGGUGCAGCACACAGGCCACACGGGCUCCUGAUACGUGUCAGUGCACAAGCUGUGGCGGCCUGGCUGCCGCCGCAGACCGCGAGCUCCUCUGCCGCGCCGCCUGCGUCAGCAUCAGCCAGUGGUAG